ACAUACAUGCCUGCCCUAGCCGAGGUCAUCACUCUAUCUGUUGGGUGAACUGCGGGUGGUUGUGUGCCCGUGUCUGAAAUCCGCGGUAUCAAGCGACAUCUUCGUCCGCCAUGAGUGGGACUAUCGAUUUGGGUCCGGCCAAUCCCCGGAUCUCGCCCUUGAUCAAAUUGUCCCGAUGGACGCUCUUGGUGGGUGGAAUCUUCUGGGGAGCUCACAGAUAUCGCGUGAACAAGGAGGCUGAGGAUGCCCAUCGGGCGUACGUGUCCCGCAUGCAGCCGAUUUGGGACGCCGAGGCCGCCGUGAAGAAGGCCAAAGCCACCCGAGAGGAGCUCAUCUAUUUGGCCAAGGAAACACAAACACCGAUUCCACCCAACUUCUAAAGCCACUGCAAACCUUUCUACCACCUUCACCAUAAAGAAACCUACCGUAGUCUCCUAUUUACAAUAUCUGAAUGAAAACAAUCCAGUUUCUCUCCGAUAUAAAUUCGCUGAAGUGCCUGUGGACACCCUCGGAUCUUGCGACCUUUGCUUUACACCCACAACCAUCCAGACACGUGUUGACCUAUCCUUCCACCUUCAAUGGCGGAAUAAUCUAUUUGAAGUCGCUAUUUACCAUCCAUCAAAGAUUUGUUCCGUCAAUAAACGCGUCAUCCUGGGAGUACUGACUAAGGUCCCAAUAAUCAUGGUUACGCACGCCACAAA